AUGGGGCACUCUGUUCACAAUGUUGAUAUCAGCAAACCACCGGGAUUCAUCCUUGAAGAGCACACUUCUUCAGUGUACCAGUGGCCAUCGCAGAUUUAUGUAAACCAGCAACGCAUCAUCCCGGCAUAUGAGACCAAGGACUUCCGCAUCACAGACAACGGAAUUGAGACCUUUUUAGUCAUACCAGCAAUUAAUACCAAUGUGUCUUUCACUGGUCUUAUGUUUAGCACAUACCUGCCCUGGGACAAGUUCAGUGGCAACACUGAAGGACAGUGUGGUACAUGUGACAACAACCGGACAGAUGACUGCCGCUUGCAAACUGGAACUAUCAAUUCAUCUUGUCCAGACAUGGCACACCAAUGGCAUGUUGCCAGUGCACACCACCACCACCAGAGCCAGUGCACACCACCACCACCAGAGCCGACACCAACACAACCACCAGGCUGCGAUCCACCCAUUUGUCAUCUCAUUCAAAGCAAGGUCUUUGAGAGUUGCCAUAAGAUAAUCCCCUACGAGCCAUUCCUUGUGGCAUGCAUCUUUGAUGUGUGCCAUAUGGAUGAUGUUACCAUUGGCUGCACCAGCUUGCAGACCUAUGCUGAUGCAUGUGCACAAGCAGGAGUCUGUAUUGAGUCGAGAAAUUAUACAAAUGGGCAAUGUGACUUCACAUGCGAGAAACCCAAGGUUUAUAAUGCCUGCGGUCCACAAGUUGAACCAACCUGUAAUGCCUGGUAUGUAUAAUGCUGUUGUUGUUCAGUGGAUGGGUAUAACGACUAGGAAAAGUCUCUCAGCUAUUGAAACUUUUUUUGAAUAUCUCUGCAGAUACAAUUUCAAAUUCAUCCAGACUCAAAAUGAGUUCAGCGUCAUGGGAGAUAUACAAUUGGAGGGAUGCUAUUGCCCUCCUGGUACCACUUUGAUGAGUUCCAGCUCAAACUACUGUAUCCCCAGCUGUGGUAAGAAUGGUCAAAUAACAG